AUGGUUGAUGGAGCUGUUGCAGCUGAGUGGUAUGCGGGUGAGUGGGUGGCUGUUGGCAGGGAGAGGAGUGGGGAUGGCAUGGGUGUGCCGAUAGUGCAUGGGAGGACUACGGUGAUAAAUGGAGAGGCUAUGGUGGUGAGCGGCGAGGCUAUGGAGGUGGAUGGCUACUUGGAGGAGACACAGGGUGGGUGUUUACUCACUGCUGCUCAGGAUGCUGAGAGGCCAGGGGGGUGGGAGGAAGAGAUGUCAGGAGAGGCAGCAGGAGAAAGAGCAGGAGAAGCAGCAGGAGAAGGAGCAGGAGAAGCAGCAGGAGAAGCAGCAGGAGUGGCAGCAGGAGAAGCAGCAGGAGUGGCAGCAGGAGAGCAAGCAGGGGUGGCUUUUGAGUCGAGUCAAAGGGCACUCGGUGGGUGUGUAUUGGCGGACCAGGUCGAGAGUGGGUGGGGUGUGGAGAGAGAGUUGAGAGUGGAAGCAGCAUUGCCAGCAGGGGAGAUUGAAGGGGACCAAAUGUCCCCUGAUGAUGCUGCAGUUCCGAUGGCCACGCCUGUCUAUGGAUUCGUGGAGGAAGAGCCGUGGGGGGAGGAGAAUAGAGGUGACUGUGAAGGAAGUGAUAGUGACGAGGGCUCUGUUAUUUUGGCGGAUGUUGUGGAAUUGGAGGGUGGUGAAGGGGGAGGUUUGACGUUUACAGAUAGGGAGUUCGGGAGGGAAGAGGGAUGGGAGGCAGAAGUGGUGGACGAAGAGGAGGGGGAGGAUGGGGAAGAGGAAGAGGAGGAGGAGGAGGAGGAGGAAGAGGAGGAAGAGGAGGAGGAAGAGGAGGAGGAAGAGGAGGAGGAAGAGGAGGAGGAAGAGGAGGAGGCGAACGAGGAAGAGGCGCAUAAAGCGGAGGAGGCAGAGUCAGUCCGAGCAGGCGGUCGGGGUGUUGAUGUGGGGAUGGGGGAGGCGGUGGAGCUUGAGGAAGAACAGGACGAGGAGGAAGAGGGGGGAGAAGAGGAGGCGGAUGAAGAAGAGGAGGGGGAUGAAGAAGAGGAGGGGGAUGACGGUUAUACUUUGGACGAACAGGUCAAGGUUGAGGAGGAGGAGGUGGAGGAGAGAGUGGCGGCAGAUUAUUGGGACGAGGUGGAGGAAAUGGAGGAGGAGGAAGAGGAAGAGGAGGAGGAGGAGCCUUUCAGCCGGGCCUCUGUAACAGCUGUGGAGGCAGCUGCUGUCACGACUGAUGAGGCGGUUACCAUAACGGGUGAUGACCCGGUUACCGUAACGGCUAAUAAACUGGUUAUUGAUUUGUCUGAUGAAGAGGAGGAGGAUACGAUAGAGGAACCCCAAGCAGAGAGCCUGGGCGUGGAAGAUGGGGGGGCGGGGGGGGAUUCGAGCACAAGCAAAGGCGUUGAAAUCAAGGGCGUUGAAAUCAAGAGCAAGAGCAGCGGAACGAGGAGUAAGAGCAGUGGGAGUUUGUUCCGCGGGCUGAGGAGCAGAAGCAAGCUGUUACUAGGAGGAAGCAAGGCAGGGGCUGGGCAUGGGCAGACGGGCAGUCAGGAGCAUUAUGGGUCUAUGCAGGGCGAAAGUGGCAGUACUUUUGAUGGUGCUGCAGACAACCCGUCUUUUUCUGCUGCUCCUCUCGCAUUCCCAGCCACACUCUCUGUCGAUACCACUGCCAGCAGCAGCGCCAUCAGCAGCAGCAGCGCCAUCAGCAGCAAGAGUAGCAGCGGUAUGGCAGGGCUGCGAGCACGCUCCUUUGCUGCAGUGGGAACCGUCAGAAGCGGUAUCACCUCAGCUGCGACUAAAGCAGCGGCGGGGAUCAGCUCAGGAGCACGUAACAUCUCGACGGUUACCAGUCUCCCCGGCACUGCUGCUAGAAACGUGGCUGCUGCAGCAGGGGAGGUGGGGCAGGGAGCGAGGAGCCUUGCUGCGGUGGCAGCAGGGGGGGUGGCUACUGGUGCGGUGGCUGUUGCUGGGGGGAUUAAGGGAGGGGCGAGGAACGUUGCAGGGGGGAUUAAGGGCGGAGUGUGGACGGUGGCAGGGGGGGUGAGAGAUGGGGCGUUGACGGUUGCAGGAGGGGUGAAAGGAGGGGCGAUGACUGUUGCAGGAGGGGUGAAAGGAGGGGCUAUGAAUAUUGCUGGAGGGUUGAAAGAGGGUGCUUUGACAGUGGCAGGGGGUGUGAAAGAGGGGGCUUUAACAGUGGCAGGUGGUGUGAAAGAAGGGGCUUUGACAGUGGCAGGGGGUGUGAGCGGGGGUGCGCUGACAGUAGCAGGCGGGGCACAGAGCGUGGCAUUUGCAGCAGCGGGAGGAAUCAAGGAAGGUGCAAGGAGCGUGGCCGGCACUGCAGCAGCGGCAGCAGCGGUGGCAGCAGGGGGGAUCAAAGAGGUGGCAUCUGAAAUCAGGCAUUUGGCAGAAGAGGUUGCAGCUGGACAGGCUGGCGCAGGCUCUGGUAGGAUGCAACGGGUGCAUAACGUUGCAGACAGAGAGGAUCGAGAGGAUAGGGAGGAUAGGGAGGAUAAAGAGGAUAGAGAGGAUAAAGAGGGCCAGGCGGGUGACGAGAGGGGAUUGUGGAGUAGCGGCUUGGUGAAGAGCAGGAGCAGAGAUGGGGCCACGAGUGCCGUUAGAACCAGCCCUGGUUCCUUUACAGGCAGAUCUGUUACAAGGAGUAAGACCCACGACAGCCGAAUCAUCAGCAACAGCAGCAGCUCCAGCCCAAUGGUGCCUGCUGCUAGCCUUGGUAGGAGGAGCAGGAGUGGGAAGGAGAGGGAUGCUGGCGCCUUCAAUGCAGACUCCUUCCUGGAAGGCUUCUUUGAUUCAGACUCGCUACCAAGGUGGUCCUUCGAUGCAGCUUCCUUUCACUCCAGCCCAGCCCACACAGACCCCUUCAAUCCAGAUUUUUUCACUAUAGAUUACUCAGGCGACCUUGGCACUAGUAGUACUAGUACCAAAUCACUCCCUAAAGCGGAUACCAGCAGGGGAGAGGCACUCCCGCGUAAGGAGCAUAGAGGCAGCCUGUUGACAAGAAAGGGCGGCAGUGCCAGGAUGGCUAGAAACGAAACUGCCACUCCUGCUCUGGCUGCUCUGGCUGCUCCGGAUCAGGCAUCCUCCUUGUCCUCCGCUGCCAAGCCGAAUAUUCUCGCUUGGAGUGCCACUGCAGUUGCCCCGGGUGCUCCUAAUUCUGGUCCCAUUCUCGCCUUUCAACCGCACUCAACUGCUUGGUCUGUCGCUCAAGAGGACUGCACCGCAGCAGUAGUUGGGGCGCUGUCUAGCAGCAAGACCACCGACGGAGUGAGCAGCAGCAGCGAUGCCGGGGGAAGUGGGAAUCUGAAUUUUCGGGGCAGUGCAAGCUUCCAGCAUGCCAACAAGGGGCAUUCCAGAGACUUGUCCGAGGAAAUCCCGUCCCUCCGGGUGACUAGCCUCGCUGCUCUUUCCCCUGAAGAUGCCCUGUUGGCAUUGUGGGAGGAGGAGGGGGAGUGUGAGGAAGGGGGGGAGGGUAAGAGAGGGAUGAGAGGCUCUCACUCCCGCCGUUUCCAUGCCUCCGGUCUUGCCAUUGCCGGAGCUGCUGCCGCAGCUGCGGCAGGGGUUCGGUCCGGAGCUAAGAAUGUAGCUUCGGCGGCAGCAGGGGGGAUCAAGGGAAGGGCAAGGAGCGUUGCGUCUGUAGCAGCAGCAGCUGCGUCUGGAAUAGGGUCGAGAGUAGAGAGUGUGGGAGGGAGUGUUGCAUUGCGGGGUGCGAGCGUGGGUAGCAGCUGCUGCAGGCAGGCUCCUAGGACGGAAACGUUUGGGCACAAUGCGUCGUUUGUUGAGAGGUUUGUUGCUGGGUUGGAGGAGAGUGGGGUGGGUGUGGAGGGAGAGAGCGGACAGGAUUUAGGGGGGGAGGAAUGGGAGGUUGGAAACGGUGACAAGGGAUGGGAAGAGAUGGAGGAGGAUGUGGAGAGGGAGAUGGUGGAGGAGGGUGAAGGAGAGGAGAGGGAGGGGGCAACAGCAGGGGCAGCACCAGGGGCAACAGCAGGGGCAGCACAGGGGUCGAAUGUCAUGCGCAUUCUCCAGCAGUGCCGUUUCGGUGCCGUCUCAGGUGCCACGUCAGCAGCCUCCUCUCCCCUGCGCUCCUCAUUCACUGCCCAGCCACGUGGCAGCUCUCCAGCAGCCUCUCUUCCACAUGGCAGCCUCUCAAUGGUGCACCGUUUCGUCUUUAUAGAUCCCCCAGCCAGCAGCAUUCGCCCUGCUGCUACCCCUGCCAGCAGCAGCAACACCCAUUAUCCUCGUAACCCUGGUAACCUAAGUAACUCCAGUAACCCUAAUUACUCCAGUAACUACUGUAACCCUAGUAACCCUAAUAACCCCAACUACUUGAAGCGGUUUGGCAGCGCCAGGCUUGACCUACUCUCUAGCAGAAGCAACUCAAGUGGGUUCCGUGAGAGCAAGCCUUCCCAGCUCCUCCGCAAGAGCAAGAGCAGCAGCAGCAGUGACUGGAGGCGUGAUGUUGGCGCGCACGAGAAAGAGCAGAUCAGCCCGACGAAGGAUGACGCUCCUUCUCUCCAUCGCUCCAUGUCCUCUGGGGCGUCACUGGACAGGGCCACAGUGGGAGAGGGUGGUGGUGGGGAGAAGGAGAGGAGUAAGCUGGUGUGGGAGAAGCUGGAGCAGCAGCUGGAGGUGCAGAUAGAGGAGGAGGAGAGGCGAGAGAUGUUAUUAGAGCGGCAGCACGCAGAGGGCAGAGAGCUGAGUGAUGCUGUUGGAGGCGUCCAGGAUGUGGUUUGGGGCAGUGCAAGGCAGGCAGAUGAGGUGGAUGGGCGUGGUGCUGAUGGGUUGAAUCCGGUGGCGAUGCCAGCCAGAGCGCGCAUGCUCUCCCGGCUAAAUGCUACCCGACGCCGCCCAUCCGAGGGCGGUAGUUUUGACGGCAAGAGUGUGGGAAGUAGAGGAGGUGAGGAGGAGGAUGCGAGUGAUAGGAUGAGUGAUCAAGGCGCGACGGAGGCCGAGCGAGGUGAGGAGGAGGAUGAGAGUGAUAGGAUGAGUGAUCAAGGCGCGACGGAGGCCGAGCGAGGUGAGGAGGAGGAUGAGAGUGAUAGGAUGAGUGAUGAAGGCGCGACGGAGGCCGAGCGAGAUGAGGAGGAGGACGGGGAGGAAGAAGGGAAGAAGGAGAGUGAGGUGCUAUCACCGAGGGAAUUGGCCAUGAUGCUGCUGUGGGUGAUCCCUGGGUUAGGGGGCAAGGAGGAGGAGGAGGAGAGGAGGAAGGUGAGAAUACGUCAAGCCCUGGCAGCGGCAGCUGGGGAGAUUCGAUCCGGGGCUUUAAAUGUGGCCUCGGCUGCAGCAGGCGGGAUUGCGAGUGGGGCUUUAACUGUGGCAGGGGGGAUCAAGGCGCCUGCCGAAGAGACUGUUCUCGUUCCCAUGGGUAGUGAGGGGGGGAGAGUGGUGAGAAGCAAGAGUGCGGAGCACAAGGGAGUGAGGGAGGCUGGGUUGAAUCCAGGGGUGGGGACAAGGGAGGUUGGGAGUUCACGUUCUGGUGGCCUGGGAAGGUCGUAUUCAGGGGAGGUGGGAUCUGACCCUGGGGCGCUUCAAAGCCUGGGGAGGUCUUAUUUGCAGGAGGUGGAGAUUGGUGCUGUUGGGUUUGCCAAGGUUGUAAGGAGAUACGAUGAUGAUGAGGAUGAGGAUGAGGAUGAGGAGGAUGGGAGUGAGGGUGACAAUAACGAGGAUGUGAUGAAAGAGGAUGAUGAGGAUGACAAUAACGAGGAUGGCAAUAACGAGGAUGGCAAUAACGAGGCGCUCUGGUGGGGGGACUACGAGGAAGAGGAGCAGCUGAUGCUGGAUGAUUCAGAUGAAGAUUCAGGAGAAGAAGGGAGUGUGGGGCGUGGGAGUGUGGAGGAGAAGAGUGUUGGUGAAGGGAAGAAGCGAAAGGUGAGGGGAAAAGGGGGCGAGAAGAAAGCGUUGCUUAAGUCACCUUCCAAGAAGAUUCUUUGGCAGGAGUCCCGGGACGGGGAAGCGAGCGGGGAUGAUGUGGUGAAGAGCGGACGGGUGAGGAGAAGCAAGAGUAAAUUGAAGAAGGGAGAAGCGGGAGAGGGUGAGGAGAGGCAGGAGGCAGGAGGAGACAGUGAGGGUGGAAGUAAGGUCAGAAAGAGCUCGAAAAAGGGAAACAAAACCCGCAGCAAAGCGAAUCAGCAAGGGCAGCAGCAGGAGGAGGAGGAGGAAGAGGAGAAAGAGAAGCAGAGAGAGAAGGAAAAGGAGAACGAGAAGCAACAGCAGCAGCAGCAGCAGCAGGGGGCGGAGCAGCCGCCACAGGAGCUGCUACCAAGUGUGACCAUUCGCCAUAUGCUGCCCUCAGGAGAGCUUGCAACCACACCACAGCGCCUCUCCAUCCCUGCUGCGCCCCUCUCCCCCACCACUCUCACCAGCCCCACCAGCGGCACCAGCACCCCUCACAGCAACGCCUCCUCUCCCGCCUCCCCUGCUGGCUCCUUCAGCUUCGCCCUGCUCUCCCCUGCCACUCCUAAGCAGCCUUCUAAACGGGGCACCGCUGCUGAUGCUGCGAGUGCUGAUGCUGGUGAGGAAAUGAGUGGUCUUGGUGCGAGUGGGGCUGAUGCCGCUGCUUCUGCAGGGAAGAAGGGAGAGGAGAAGAGGAUGGGAAGGACAAUGAGUAAGGUGAAGAGAGGAGGGAAGGAGGAGAAUAGGGAGAAGAGUAAAGAAGAGAGUUUGGGUGUGGUGACUGGGAAAGGGGGGGAAAGGAAGGCUGGAAGGACGCUCAGUAAAGUGGAGAGGAAGGGGAAGGUGGGGAAGGAAGGAAAGGAGGGGAAGGAAGGGAAGGAGGGAAAGGAUGGGGGGGAACCAGAGGAAGGGGAUUAUGAGAGGAAGGCGGGCAGAACACUGAGCCGGAAGAAGAGAGAAGGGAAGGGGGUAGAGGAAGAUGACGAGGGGAAGGUGAGGAGGGUGAAGGGAGAGGGGAUGGAAUCGGAGGAGGACGGGGAUAGGAAAAUGAGGAGGACGAUGAGUAGGAAGAAGAAAGGGGACGAAGGGGAGAAAGGAGGGGAGGAGGAGGAGGAUGUAGAGAGAAAGGUGAAGAGGACAAUGAGUAGGAAGAAGAGAGAGGACGGGGGGGAGAAGAUGGACAAGGGGGAGGAGGAAGGGGGGCGAAACAAGAGCAAGAAACCUUCAAGUAAGACAAAGAGGGAGAAAGCGGAGAUGUUUGGGGAUUCAGGGGCAGAGGAGGAAGCAAAGCGACAUGGGACUAAGGAAGAGGAGUUGGUAAAUAGGACGCUGAGUAAGAUGAAGCGUGCAGGGGAAGAUGUGCAUGGUCGAGGUGGGGAAGAGGGAGGAGGAGAGGGAGGGGGAGAGGAGAAGAAAGCCAGUCGGACGCUAAGUAGAGUGAGGAGAGAGGAGAAGGAGGACGAGGAGGAUGGGGAGAGGAAAGCAAGCAGGACCUUAAGCAAGGUGAAGAGAGGAGAGAAGGCGUGUGAGGGGUUGGAGGAGAGAAAAGCGAGCAGAACGCUAAGUAGAGUGAAGCGAGGGGAGGAGGAAACUCGGGAGGAUGGGGAGAGGAGAGCAAGCAGAACGCUUAGCAAGGUGAAGAGAGGAGAGAAGGAAGAGGGGGAGGUUGAGGAGAAGAAAGCAAGCAGGACGUUAAGUAAAGUUAGGAGGGAAGGUGGGCACGGGGAUGGAAGUGGUGUAGAGAAGAAGGCCAGUCGAACACUAAGCAGGGUGAAGAGAGAAGGAAACGAAGCUGGAGGUGGUGAUAGUGUGGACAGCAGCGCACACAGAGCCACUCGCAGCAGCAGCCACGGGCACGAGCCCUCCCACAGGCGAGCUACCUCGCAUGGGAGCAUCACGGGGCGGGAGAGCUUUCACAGCCAUGAGAGCUCGAGGAGUUCAGGCAGCAGGGGGGGGAAGGAGAGUGAGAGAGGGGCGGUGGACGGGAGGAAAGCUGCUCGCACUUUGAGCAGUCGGAGGGCUGAGGGGGCGGAGAGAGCAGGGGAGGGUGAGGAGGGGAGGGUUUCGAGACCGAGAACGGCUGACAGUGGUGGGAACGCAGUGAGUGGUGGGGGAUGGGUGCAGCUGGGUUUGCCGAAACACGGAGUGGUGACAAUGGGUCUGCAGGAGCAGCUGUCGCCAUUUGAGGCCCCGCCGACAGCUCAGAAGCCGCCCGUUUCUCCGGUCUCGGGCGGCAUCUGGAAGGCGAUAUCGUCGUUUGCCACGUCGCCGCGCGCCAGCUCAUCGCAUGCCAUGAGCAGCAACUUCGGUGGACGUGGGACCAAGGGUAGGAGAGGCGUUCUGAUCGUGACGGCGACAGCCGGCAACCGAUGGUUCCAGGGAGGCGGCGGCCGGCAGAACAGCCGGUUUGGUGACGGCGGGAGCGACGGCGGAAGCGGCGAGGGGAGCAUGGGAUGGAGUUACCCUUGGGAGUCUGACGCGGAAACGUCAGCGUGGGAGGCGCGGCGGCAGAGCAUCACGUUUUUCACGUCCGAGGGGGUGUUUCAGAUCCACGACCUCGCGCACGUGCCCGUGCCAGCCGCACCACCUUCGUCGCCAGCAUCAACAGCAGCAUCAGCAUCGUCGUCAGCAGCAGCGUUCCACCGCUUCUCCGAGCGCCGAUACAUGGAUCCACAGCAGGGCCUGUGCCUGGCGUCGCUGUUCGACAUCCGCACGUUCAACGGUCUUGAUGCGUCGCGCCUCUUCUGUGUGGUGGGCUUCUGUCGUUCCCCUGAGAUGCUCUCUGACGUCGUAGCGGACACCGUGCUCAUGGCUGGCGGGGAGGUGGUGGACUCAAAGCUGGAGAUGGGGCAGGGCCUGCAUGAGCAUCUGCGCCUCACUGUAUCCCUCCCCUAUUUAUUCGGCGUGCCGCCCGCUCUGGAUGCGCUUAACCGGGCGAUCCGAUUGGGUGGAGGGAUUGUGGAUAAGAGCUUCCACCAAUGGGAGAUGUGCCCGUAA